AUUCUUCUAUCCAUCCCCUCUUUUCCUUUCUCUAAACCAAAAUUUUGACAAAACUUAAAUCACACCCCACCUUUCUUUUCUUCUUCUUCUUAAUAACAAUUAUAGUACAAACAACCAAAGAUUAUUGCUUUUCUUGUUAAUAUCUUGACAUUUCUCAAAAUUUACAAAUAAUACCAACAAUGUGCCCAUUGAGGCUGAUUCUGAUAUUCCUCUCCGCCACUCUUGCUGGUUUUUUCGUCAUCAGAAACCUCAAAUCCAGCCCUUUCUCCGCCACCACCGACAGCGGCGAUGACGACUGUUCCACCACCCCCGACAGCGACUGCAACUCUCCUCAACCAUCUGAUUAUUCUUCUUCAUCUCGAUUCUCAAAGGUAAAGUCAGGGAUAGAAAUGGGGUUUUGGACAUUGGUGGACAUGGCAAGUGGAAAAUACUUGUGGAGGCAAUUGGGUUAUUCUUCAAAACGUGAAAGCUGAUUGCUUUUGGAGUUCUUGUGUGUUGUAGGUAUUGGAAUUUACAAAUGGGCUGUAUGGUUUUCCUUUUAGUAAUAUUGAUUGUGAAUUACUGUAAUACAAUUGAAAAAACAAAACCCAUCUGGAAAUCAUUGUUGUUGUAAUGUUGCUGUUGUUGUAUUGGUGGUAGAAUUGUAACUUGUUAGCAUUUAGUAAGAAUGAAAGAUCAAAACUUUGUGGCUUUUGGAUGUU